AUGAAUUACAUUAUAGGAAUGUCAGUCACAUAAAAACAUUAAAUAUCAAUCUAAGAAAAUCUAGCUUAUGCAGCAGGUUCAAUAGUAGUAUAUUACUCAUACAAAGAAAAUUAAUAAGAAAAAUAUUUGAUUGGGAAAGCUUAAGUACAUGCCAUCCUUAUAUCAAGAGAUGGUACUCAUGUGUUUACAGGAGAGUAAGCAACUAAGAAUCCUGCAGUUAAUAUAUUUAAAUUGACAGAUGAACGAGAGAUUAAUAUUAGUUAAUAAUUAAAAGGACAUAAAUUUGGAAUUACCUAAAUAGUAGAAUCUCCUGUUAAACCUUAUUUGGUGUCUUUAGGUUCUGAACCUGAUAAAGGUUUAUUUGUCUGGGAUUGGACCUAGGGUAUUAAAUUAACAGUGAACAAAUUAUCAAAACCUGUUAAUACAAUAAGAUUUAAUGAUAACGGAAGACUCUUGAUAAGUGCUGGUUAAGGACAUUUAAAAUAUUGGUAAUUUAAAAAUGAUGGAAGUAUUAUUGCAUAUGAUAAUAUGAUGGAUCCUAAACCAUUCCAAUUGAAUGAACAGUUCAUGUAUAAAAACUUUAUUGAUAUUCACGUUACUCAAUAUUCAGUUUUUGCAUUAACAUUUGAUUCAUUAAUUACUGUAUUUUCUUUACAAACUAAAUAAUUCGAAAAAUGGAUGGAUCUUAAAGCUACUAAUUCUUAUUCCUUAACAAGUCAUUCUAAUUAUCUUAUCACAGGUUGUUCUGAUGCAAUAAUAAGAAUUUUUAAUUUGAAUAUGUAACAUAUAGUAACACUUUCAAAACCUCCUAAUCUUGGAAAUUAUAAUAUAGAGAAAGGAGUCACAAAACUCAAAGUUUAAGGUGAUCAAUUUGCAGAUUGUUUAGCUGUCUAAAUCUAUUAAAAUUAUUUAGUUGCUGCAUAUAGUGAUCGAACUAUGUUUUUAUGGGAUAUAGGUAAUUUUGAAAAGAUAGUAGUAAAACGCUCUUUUCUUAAUCAUAGUGCUAGCAUCAAUGACUUAUAAAUAAUGACCUAAUAAUCAUCAAUUGAAGCUACAUUCUUUGUUACAGCAUCCUCUGAUCAAACAUUAAGAAUAUGGCAUAUUUAUGAAGAAUAACCUCUGGGUCUUAGAAGAAAUGCUUAUUGUAAGUAUCUCUCAAAAAUUAUAUAUAUUGGAGAUCAAUAUCAACAUUUCAAAGCAAAUUAACAAGCAUAGCUAUAAAUUAGAUGUGUCAGAGUUUCCAAAGAUGGAAAUUAUUUAGCAUGUGGAGAUUCAGCUGGAAUUUUGAGAAUAUUCUCUACUUAAACUUUUACAUUGUAUAAGUAAAUUUAAGCUCAUGAUCAAGAUAUCACUACUCUUGAUUUCUCUGAAUAUAUUGAUUUACUUGCUACUGGAUCAAGAGAUCGUAUUAUUAAUGUUUAUGAUGACCAAUUCUAAAAAAUUGGAUCUCUUGAAGAUCAUACUAGUUCAGUUACUUGUGUUAAAUUUAGUAAAAAUAAACUUAUAAGCUGUGGAUUAGAUAAGGCCAUUAUAUUUAGAGAGUUUAAUGGAUAGAAAUUUAAAAUAUAUCAUUAAGAAUAAAUCUCUAAAAUAUAUUCGAUGGAUGUUAGUUUCAAUAAUUUGUAUAUUUGCUUAGAAAAAAAAAUAUCUAUCUAUGACAUACCAACUGGUAAGUUGAAAUAAUCUUUUGAAACUGAUGCUAAUUCAAAAAUUCUUCUUUAUAGUAAGGAUGAUUAGAAUUGUCUCCAAAUUGCUACAUAUUCUGAUAAGAAUAUCAAAAUAUAUAAUAAUAAAUUUGAAUUAAUCUAAAAAUUCUAGCAUGAUCAAUUAACAUCAAUGGGAUUUGCUAUGGAUAAUAAACAUUUCAUUACGGCUGGUCAUGAAGGUUGUAUAAUUAUUUGGAAAUUAAAUAAAGUAUUUAAAAAAAAGUAAUUGGGUCUAAUAGGAAAGAAAUUAAAGUAGGUUUUUGCUUAAUAAGAUUUAAAGAGCUCAAAAGAAUGGACUAUUAACAGUUUAUGGAUAGAAGAUGAAUUAAGAGGUUUCUUAAACAAUAAUAAAUAAUAGUAAUAAUAAUAAUAACAAUACCAAAGUUAAAAAUAAGAGGAAGAAUAAGUAGAAUUAUUCAAAUUUGAAUCAGAAAACGAAAUGGACCCAAAAUCUUCUAAAUAAGUAGAAAAUGCACUUUCUCCAUUGGGAAAUUCUUAAUUCAAUUAUAAAGAUUAAAAAUUUGAUAAGGAAGACAUAAAAACUAUACAAAAUCAAUUAUAAAUAGUUUAAAAUAACCUUAACAAAGUUAAUGAAAAAUAAUAAAUUAAAUAUUAGGUUCACAAUAACUAAGAAACAAUUUAAGAAGUUAAUCAACUUGAAGAAUAAAGCCAAUUAAAUUUCUUUUAUGAAAAAUCAUAAUAUUAACAAACUUCAAGAAGUUAAAGUGUAGAUAGUCAAGCAUAAAAAAAAAGAACAAGAGAUGAAAUUAAAUAAGAUAAAUUAAAACAAUUAAAUAAAAAGCAUGAGAUUUAAUAAUAAACUUUAGUAACUCAAGAAAGUUAAAUAGAUUAAACCCAAAGAGAUACUAUAUAAAUAGAAACAAAAAGGAAUGAAUAAGAUACAUAGAUAAUUAAUAGCUAAAUACAUUCUAAUCUUAAUUCUUAUACUGAUUAUUAAGCAUUGUAAAAUAAGUAGUUUAUUCCAACAGAGUCAAGCUUAUAAAUUAAUAAUAUUACUUAAACAAAAGAUCAUAUUAAAUAAAUUAUAGGUCCCAUAUCAAAAGAUUCUAUAAACUUGAAUAGUUCGUAUGCUUAUGAUUAAUAAUAUUAACAAUAAACAGUUGAUCCUACACAAUAAUAUGUAAAAAUUUCAAAUUAUUUUAGAUCUUUUAAUAAACUAAUUUAGCAAGAUGUCACAUUAGAUAAAUUUAAGUGGAAUUAUUAGAUUUAUCAAACUUAUUAAAUCAAAUAAAAGAUCAAUAAGUUAAAGAUACUGUAUUGAGGGAAAUAGAUGAUGAUUUGAAUAAUUUAUAAAAGUCUAUAUAAUUAAUCAGAAAAUAAGAACAAUAAGAACAAUAAACUAAUCGAAUUAUGGAGUAAUCUUAAGCACAAUUGAGUGAGGAAGACAUAAGUAAAAAAUUAUUUUUAAUAAAUAUUAGAAAAGAUAGUGAUUAAUUGCAGUAAAGAAGUGUUUGAAAAUUACUCAAAAGUCUUGUUAGAGUAAAUCAAGGGAAAAAAUAAAUGA